AUGCAGACCCACCUGUACUCUACCUUCGUGGACCUGACAAAAGCCUUCGACGCGGUGAAUCGUGAAGACCUGUGGAAGAUCAUGCAGAAAUUCGGCUGUCCGGAGCGAUUCACUCAGAUGGUGCUUGGGUUCCAUGAUGGCAUGAUGGCGGGAGUCACGGACAACGGAGUUGUCUCAGGGGCAUUCGCAGUGACCAACGGAGUGAAGCAGAGAUGCGUGCUGGCGCCUACCCUCUUCAGCCUUAUGUUCUCUGCCAUGCUGAUGGACGCCUACCGCGACGAACGCCCCGGGAUGCGCAUCGCCUACAGGACGGACGGUCACCUCCUGAAUCAACGGCGGAUGCACUUCCGAUCGCGCUUAUCCACAACCACCGUUCACAAACUUCUCUUCGCCGACGACUGCGCCCAGAACACCAACUCGAAAGAGGCGAUGCAACGGAGCAUGUACCUGUUCUCCGCCGCUUGCGAGAAAUUCGAUCUGGUCAUCAACACGCAGAAGACCGGGGUGAUGCAUCAACUGCCACCCACCACAACCACUCCUACUAACGCGCCGCCACCGCACAUCAGUGUGAACGGAACCCAACUGUUAGUGGUGGAGAACAUCCCGUACCUGGGCAGUACCCUCUCCCGUAACACCAAAAUCGAUGACGAAGUCGCUCACAGGAUCUCGAAAGCCAGUCAAGCCUUCGCUGCCUCCAAAACACAGUUUGGAGUCGUCACGGUCUCCAAAUGA